AUUGGUGCUACGAUGGACCUGUCUUAUUUUCAAAAUUGAUGCCCGUUUUGAUGGGAGAUUCCCACGCUCCUUUUUGUCUCAUUUGACUCCAUUAUGCUUGCGGCUACGCGUAUUGUCCAUCGUCCCGUUUUCUUCACCGGCGCUAAACGCUUGUUCAACCUGCGCACACUGCAAACGACCUCCGAGUCAGGAGUUGCCAAGGAAGCCUAUGUGGAAUAUUUGGAUGGCAACCUGAAGGGUAUUGCCGUGUUGAACUUGGACCGUCCCAAAGCCAAGAAUGCCUUGUCUACCAAAUUGCUCGGUGAAUUCAGACAAGCUUUGUCCGAAUUACGUUUCUCAUCCGAUGCUCGCGUGUUGAUCGUGCAAAGUAAGGUGCCAAAGGUGUUCUGUGCUGGCGCUGAUCUCAAGGAACGUGCUACCAUGUCUCCUUCGCAAGUGACCGAGUUUCUUUAUUCCCUUCGUCAAGCCUAUCGCGAAUUGGAGACUUUGCCCAUUCCUACCAUUGCGGCAAUUGACGGUGCCGCAUUAGGCGGUGGUCUGGAAAUGGCUCUUGCGUGUGAUCUCCGCGUUGCAGGCCCGAAAGCCAGGAUCGGAUUGCCUGAAACCAAGCUUGCCAUUAUUCCAGGUGCUGGCGGUACUCAGCGUUUGCCUCGUUUGAUCGGUGUAGCCAAGGCAAAGGAAUUGAUUUACACUGCAUCCGAGCUCAACUCGGAAAAGGCACAGCAUUACGGUAUCGUCAAUUAUAUUGAUGAAGAGGACGCUUUUGCUACAGCGGUGGCAGUAGCUGAGAAAAUCCUUCCUCAAGGCCCCGUUGCGUUGCGUAUGGCGAAACUGGCAAUUGACAAGGGUUAUUCAUUGGAUAUUGAUGCCGGCUUGGAAGUUGAACAGGCCUAUUAUGCUCAAGUGAUUCCAACAGAAGACCGUAUUGAAGGUUUGACGGCGUUCCGUGAAAAACGCGCUCCUGUGUAUAAAGGACGUUAAGUCAUUAAUGUAUCAUACAAUAAAUUAUAUAAUAAAGAGGUGGCUUGCCUUUUGUAUCGUUUGUCAUAACACA